AUGGAUAAACUCAAUAUAUUUAGCUUUUAGAGCUCAAUUGGUUGCUAAAAUAACAGUGAUUGUGGGUUUUUAAAUAUUUGCAACGAAGACAAGCUUUGUGUUCAUCAAGAUUUGACUUUUGGAGUAGUAGAAAUAAUAAGCUAUGUCUUAAUAUCAAUUAUUGUUGGAUUGGCUAAUGUUGGGGGUCUUGGUGGUGGGAUUGUGAAAGUUCCUAUUUUAGUGAUCCUCUUAAACUUUUCAGUGAAGGAGGCGACAUUCUUAUCUUACCCUAUAUUACUAGGAGGAGUAUUGUCAAAUGCUAUUCUUUUGAUUUCUUAAAGACACCCAAGAAAAGAUAAGCCUAUCAUAGACUUUGAUUUAGUUCUGAUUUUAGUUCCAACUGUAUUGCUAGGCACAGUUGUAGGUAUCUUGAUGAAUGUAAUUAUUUCAGAAAUCAUUUUAACCUCAGUUUUUAUGCUAUUUAUGUGCCUCGUUUGUGUAUAUCUUUUUAUGAAGGCAAGGGAUAUUUAAUAGAAAUAAUAAGAAGACAAGGAAGAAUAAGAUUCAUCAAUAUAGGACAACAAUGAAUAAAAUUAAAAUAAAUUAAGUAAAUCUACUAUAUAGCUGGUGAAGUAAAACAGUUAUUUAAGUGAAGUAGACCAAAAAAAAAUAGAACAAAUUGAUGAAAAUUGUUAAAAAGAGUUAGGGAUCCAGUAUUACUAAGUUGUUUCAGAAGAUUCAUAAGAAUAAAACAGUGAAGAGGACUCAAAAGGAGUUUCUAACAAAGAAAAAUAAAAGAAUAAAAUAGAAAACUAAUUGCUAGCUGAAUUUCUGGAGCAAGAAAAGAAAAUGUUGCCCUUAGAUAAAUUAUUUUAUUUGGUUCUAAUUUUUUUAGUCUUCACUUUCAUAGGAAUUUCAAAGGGAGGAAAAGGAUUUCAAAGUAUUUUUGGAAUCUAAAAAUGUGAUAAUUUAUAUUACUUACUAACUGCUCUUCAAUUAAUAUCUUCGAUUAUAUUUAUGUUCUUUAUCUAUCUCUAGCAGAAGCGCUUACACGAAUAUAAAAUAUCAAUUAAUUAUUAGUUCGAUAGAGAAGAUUUUUAUUUUUCUAAUUACAACUUCUUCAUCCUAUCUUUAUCUGGGCUUGCAGCUGGUUCCAUAACAGGAAUGUUAGGAAUGGGUUCAGGACUAAUUAUUUUACCAGUUUUACUUAGCUUAGGAUGCCACACAAGAGUUUGUAGCUCUACUUCCGGCUUUAUGUAUUUAUUUAUAGGCGGAACUAGUAUAAUCUAUGUUCUCACAGAAGGAAUACUUUCAUAUAAAAUGAUUCUAUUUUAUGCAUUUUUAGCUUUGAUAGGAGGGUUGUUAUUUAGUAAUAUUCUUUACUAUUACGUUAAUAAGUACAAUCUAUAAAGUAUAAUCAUCUGGAUUAUCUUUUUUAUCACUGUUUUGAAUCUUAUUUCAAUGCCUUAUUACAUUUAUGUAAAAUCUACUUAAUACGGUUGGGACUCCUUAACAAAAAAUUAGUCUUUUUGUGAUUGA